AUGAACUUCUCCGGAUUCUCACACAGCCCGCCCACCGCAGGCGCGGCAUCCUCACCUUCCAGAUCUCCCUCCUCGCGAUCCGCCUUCUCGGAUUUGUCCAACGUAAGCCCUAAGGUGGCUCUCGCCGGCUUCUCUGCGCUCGAGGUUUCCCCAAACCCAAACGGCGCUAUGACGUCCACAAUCAAGUCACUCGCCCUCGGCGGCUUCACCACGCCAACGAAGCCCUCCAGGAGCGCCGCUGCUGCCUCCCUCACUCCUAAAGCAAAGUCGACCUCCAAGAAGAGCGCCCCCAAGUUUGCUUCUCUCUCACUCGGCCCUGAGCCCACGCAAAAGACACCCAAGUCCUCCAGCAAGACUGGCUCGCCUAAGAAGCGUGUCAACCUGACCAGCGGCGUCUCCAUCAUGUCGCUUAGCCGCGAGAGAUCCACGUCUCCUAGAAAGACUCCCUCCCCGCGAAAGCUCACUCUCGCCGAGGAUGCCAGCUUCCUGUCCGCUAAUGCCUCAACACCGAAGCGUGUCUACGAUCUCUCGCCGAGCAAAUCGAGCCCGACCAAGUCCUCGUUCCGAACCACCAAGACGCCCUCGCCGAAGAAGGUUUCGUUUGCGGACGAAGCUAGCUUCCUGUCUGCCAGUGGCUCUACACCAAAGUCUCCUAUUGGGCUCUCACCAAAGGCCAGCCCUGCGCAGCCUGAAGUGUCUGAAUUUUCCGUAAUGUCGGUCACAUCGCCUGCCGCGUCUCAGGUUUCACGGGACCUCUCCCCUGUCUCGCACACGAGCAGACCCGAAGAGGAGGAGCAGACCGAGAGUGUCCCCGAGACUCCCUCAAAGAUACUGGCUGUUGAAGAUGAAGAUGACAACAAUUCUGUGGUGGAUUCUCCGUCAAAGGUCAUUGAGCCUUAUGUUGCACUCCAGUCUCCUUCCAAGGCCUCCGAGGCUAGCUCCAUGUUUCAGUCUCCUUCGAAGCUCGACGUCUCGAUGCACGAUGUCACCUGGAUGUCCGAUUAUAACGGCGCGUAUACCUCGCCGUUCCCUACGUACACGUUCGCGACAGCCGAACUUACUGACGCCGCCAAGUCGCUCACGGGCCCCUUCCAACCGGAGCUGUUUGAGCAGGCUGAUUACACAUGCGCACUCGCUGCGCCUAGAUUUUCUACUUCCGUACUCCAGCAGAAGCAAGUCCGCAAUGCGCGCAGGAAGAAGCAGCAGCAGCGAUCCAAGAGGCAAGAAAUCCAGAGUAUAGAGGUGCAGAAGGCUAUAACCCACCAAGUCUCAGAGUCGCUGUUGUUGGACGAGCUUGAAGCCGCACCCCAGUUCCGUGUCAUUGCCGCCAGGGGUAAGCUUUCUUACGCUAUUUGCACUCGCAAGAAGCAGAGAGUGUCGGAAGAGACCAACGACGACGACGCUGUGUGGUACGAAGGCGAGGAUGACGGUAUUGCCCUCCUGAUCGAGGCCAGACGUGUCGUUCGCAAUGAACUUUUCCACGUCCCCAUGGGCCCGACCGUUCAGGAAAUGCGUCAUCAGUACCAUGCUGACGUCCAAAAGUACGGCGCAGUCCUCCGCCCCACCCAUGGCAAGAGGAACUACAAUGGCGAGCCAAAGCGCGCGUACAACAACGACCUCCUCACGCACAGCAUUAUGCAGCCACUUCUCUCGUUCCCCAUGCCCGACCUCACCUUUGAGUUCGUUCUCCAGCAUGCCAUCAGCGAGUCAGACAAGGCCCAUGGCCGUCCUCGACAGAGAACUCGCAACGUCCGUCAGCCCAUCGCCAUUUACGGUGAGCCCGAGGUAUCCAACAUUGAGGAGGAAGACGAGCCCCAGAGUCCUACCCCAGCCCUGCCGCGCUUGCCAUCCACCGCUACGCACCAGUCGAACGCGAGCCGCAAGCUGAGACUGGACCAAGGUGCCAUUAACCUACGUGCCAAGCUGGCUGCUCUUGCCUCUAUUCCUGAGCCUAUCUCACCUGUCGCCGCCGAGCCUCUGUCUUCUCCUAUCGGCCCUGGCUUUACAUUCGAGUGUCCCUCGUUUGUCUCUACCCCCGGCAAUACUAGAACUAUUCAUGACAUUACCGAGGAUGCUGAGCCGGCCGAAGAGGAUGCUCAAGACCCAGACAAUGUCCCAGAGCUUGUCGCCAGUCCCAUGGUCGUGUUUAAGAACCGCACUCCUGGCGCGACCUCCGAGGCCCCUUUCAAGAGACGCCGUUCUCUGCCCGCUGCCCGUCGCCUUUCCUUUUCCGGCCCUCUUCGCCGGGCGUCCCUUCCCCUUGCUACUGGUUCCGACCAGCUCUCGUUGGUGCAGGAUCUUGAAGAAGAUCCAGCAUCCGAGUCGCUGGCGAUUGCUCCCACUCCCAUGGUCGAGCUCCCUGCGGUGCAUAAUCCCCUCGAGGUUGAUUUAGCAUCGCUUGCGGAAACACAGGCUUCACCAGCUCCGGCUGAAGGGGCGUCGAGCAUUGGAAGCUCCUCCCCUGCUUCUGUUGUUGUCGACGUCAGAGAGAACCCCGAUAUCUUCGGGUCCUCCCAGGAUCGCCCAGGCUCGCCCAUCCAGGCGCUGGCCUCGCUCACGCGUGUUUUUGAAGAGACGAAGGAGAUGCAAGAUGGCAAAGUUGUUGUUUCCAGAGAAAAUGGUCGCCUCAUUGUUCGGUUUAAGGUGUCGGACGAGCACGCCGCUCUUUUCGCUGCUGAGUCUGCGCCCGCUUCGCCCGUUGUCCCUGCCGAAGCUAUCGAGGAUAACGAAUCCGCCCCGAUUUCUCCUGUGGUCCUUCCGGCCUCUCCCUCGCUCGCCCCUGUUAUUCCUGCCCUCCUCGGUCUCUCUGAGAACGACGUCGUGGUCGAGACGGCUGAGGAAGAGGAGGAGGAGGAGGAGGAGGAGGAGAAUGAUGACGAGGACAAGGUCGACGAGGAGGAAGAGGUCAUGCAGGUGCCCACGCUGGACCUGCCCGAGGACGAUUCCGAUCUGGCGAUGCUUAGGAGCUUCGUCUCCCGGCACGCGGCCUCUCGGGCUGCUAGGGCCGCCGAGACCACCGAGCCCGCUGCUCUAUCUCCUCUGCCGACGGCGCCCAUCCGGCUCGCUGCCACCCCCGAGCGCCUUCGCCAACCCCAGGGUAUCUGGGCGGAUACCCCCAACUUCACACCAUCCUCGGCUGACCGUUCCCGUCGCCUGGCGUCUCCGGCUGUUUCUUCGGCCGCUCGCCAGCCUCUUGGAGCUCUCGACACUAACAGUCCGAGCCCCAGGAAGGUCAAGCGAAAGUCUGAGGAGAUUGAGGAGCAGGGGGCGUCGCCGGAGAAGCAAUCAGCCAAGAAGCCCCGGAAGGCCAAGGCGGAGAAGGAAAACAAUGUUGGCAAGCCUGAGAAGGAAGAGAAGCCCAUGAAGGAGAAAGAUGAGGACAAGUCGAAGGAUGUCGUACCAGAGUCCAGCUCCGGCCCCGCUGCUGGAGUUCGCACUCGUGCCCAGCGCGCUGCCGAACGUGGCGAGGCGCCCCCGGCAACCAAGAUUCCCAUGCGGCACCAGGUAUACGCCAAGGUGAGGAACGGAGAGAAGGAUGUCGCGACCGUCACAAGACAGAACACGCGCGCCAAUAAGGGAGGUGCGCUGUCCGUUGAUGAGGUCCUUGCGCAGCUCAAGGACGGCGCACCUGCGGGCAUUGAGACGCGAGCUGCCGCGGCUGCCAGGAAGGACGGUAAGACUGUCCAGUGGGCCGAGCAACUUGCCAGAAGCCAGAGCGAGGAGCCUCCCGUCUACUCCCGGUCACCCUCUCCUCUCAGCCCUGCUGAGGAGAAGGAGGUUGGCAAGGUCACCAAAGCCAGGAAGGCGGCCAGCACCCCUAAGAAAGCAGCGAGUAGCGCCGCAGCAACCAAGACGGCCGGGACGAAGGCGGCGGCGGCGGCGGCGACCAAGUCUACCACCAAGGCAAAGACGGCGACGCCAUCGAAGCUCCGCCAGCCUAGAGCAUCUGCAGCCGCUGCUGGGCCCAAGACGGAGGGAGCCAAAGUCGCAAAGAAGGUUACACCGGCGACGAAGAAGGAACUCGGCCUCAGCGCCAACGGUACGCCUGCUCCCGCCAAGAGAAGCAGAAGAAUCGCCGAGAAGAAGUAA